GGGGACCUUCCCAAUGGCAACAACAGCAACGGAGACUCCCAUGACGGCGACGACGAUGACGAUGAUGACGACGACAACGGCGACAUCAAACGCAUCUGCCCGCAGCUCGCAACCCAAGACAAAGGCUGCGUCCGCUACACGCGAGGCUUCGACGUGACUGGCGUCGUCAGCGAAGUCGACCUCGCCUUCCCCGAAGUUGCUAGCGAAUGCGACUGCAUCCAAGCGUGCCUAGACAUGCCUGGGACAUGCGCCAGCUACGUGUGGAUGUUUUCCACAGCCGACGCAGUCGACUCCGGCCACCGCACUUGCACCUUAUACUCCGAUUUCAAUCUCCCCGGCAGCGUGGCGAUUCAGUUUGAUCUCGAGAGCGCCAAUAACCAGAACAUCAACGCCGCGCAGAUCACGUCCGAGGGAGCGAAUCCGGAUAUCGGCGGUCCUGUUCCUCAGGCCUUUCAGGACCUCGAUAGUGUCGUUCCUGAUCCUGAUGCGGUUUCUGGCCCCGUUUGGCUGCUUGCUAAUGGGGAGGUGCAGUGUUAGUGGGUUGUUUGAGCUUCUGGGUGGUCUUCCUUAUCGAGUGGGGUGGGAGAGAUGAUGUUGGAGGUUGUAAUGUGGGUUUGUAUUGAA